AUCCAGCUUCGCACUGCUCUUGCUCUCUCCUUUCACAGCAACCGAAAUCCAUUCGCCCUCGGCUCGUUGAUCGUCUGCCCUGGAAAAUCUCGUGUCGCUGGCAUGCAUAUUUGGUCCGGCAUUCUAGCUGUUACGGCUGUCCUUCUAUAUUCCAUUCCCACUAUUUACGCCCAUGGUGAGAAUAUUGUGAGCCGCGAUAGUGAAAUUAUAUGUGGACAUAAAAAGUUUUCAUACUUGGAAGUAACGGCGUCCACUACUGUUAAUUACCAUAGCGGUCAAAGCUUUCCAUUCAAGGGAAGAGCGAGAUGUGGUACAGUUGGAGCUGCGAUGUGGAGGACACCUCUCCAUCGAUACGGCAAAAAAAAAAGUACAGGAUGCUUCGUUAUUUUCGACUCAAGUUUUAAAAUAGUGGAUAUAAUUUUCGACUUGAAAAAAACUCGAUACAAGCCGUGUUAUAUCCACAGGCAGAAUGUGUGUCCAGAUAACCGGGGUAACAUCGAAGACGGGGCACCCGUAGCAACUCACCCUGACGAUUAUGCUAAAAAAUCAUUGUAUCACAAUGAUUUUAGUAAUGGUAUGGUGGGCAAUGCGUAUGUGAUGGGAGUAUCUUGGCUUAAGCCUUGUGGAGUCGGGCCAGCUUUUCUUAACGAACAUGACCAAACCAUUACAUUUUUUCAACACGGUUAA